AUGGGUACUAAACGUGAGAACACCUUGGUAGUAGACUUUAGUGUGUUGCCGAAGCGACCAGAUGCAUCUGCCGUACAGAAAUUCAUGUACGGUGAGUUGAAACUGGACAUAGCGGACGCCUUAAACAUCCAGUUUCACAAUGUUAGAAACUGUGCCUACGUCGAGAUGGUAGAUGCAGCAACAGCCAAGCGCUACUUUGCAUCACACCAUCUACAACACACUAUGCAGUGCGAGAAAAAAGAUUACAAAAUUCCCGUGUUCGUCGAAGACGAAGCCGUUAACGUGAGAAUCCAUGAUCUCCCUCCGAAAACACCUAACAAGGUGAUUAAAGAAAGUAUGCGACCAUACGGUACUAUUCUUUCCAUCAGCAUAGAAAUGUGGAAGAACUAUUUUCCCGGCAUCUACAAUGGAGUACGUGUAGUACGGAUGAAGCUCAAACAACUCAUCUCUUCCUAUCUGACGAUCGACGGUGAGACAACAUUGAUUACAUAUCGCAAUCAAGCAAAAACCUGUAGGAUCUGUGGACAAAAGGCUCAUCCCCGACAAAAGUGUAAUAGCUCUACAUCACGCAUUACUGUCAAUGACCCUACAGACGCAGAAAAGGUUACAAACGAUGAAAACAGCGAACAAACAUUACCCAAGUAA